AUGAUUUUCAUGAAAUUCAUCUGCGCGAUCAUAACCAGAUCGUUGUUCAUCCUUCUGUCUCUAAUCGGAGUGUUGAGGGUGCUGUGGGUGAAAAAAAGCAGUCAUUACUGGUUUCUGACCUUUCUCUGCCUACCUCUCGUGUUCGAAAUGAUUAUAACUUUAAAGCGAAGGAAAGGCCAGGAUUACAGGUGGUUUUCGCCGGCUAUCCUGCUCUUCCUCAUCACUAUUAUCCCGUCCAUAUGGAUACUGGAACUACACCAUCAGCUAAACAAAUCACACGACCCACAGUGCAAGAAUCUGGAUUCCUGGGAAAACCUAAAAAGUAUGAUUUCAUUGAAUGAAACCAUUGGAAACCAAACCUUCAAGGUUUUUGAUAAAUUGCUGUCCUCAGUGUGUGCCAAUGACUGGAUUCUAGGGCUGCACCAGGCACUGCUCAUCCUUCUGAUUCUGGGCAAGUGGCUCCUGCCACUAGGGGGCGGUGUAACCAAGGAUGAACUCUCUCAGCUUCUGCUCAUUUUUGUCGGCACAGCUGCAGAUAUAUUGGAGUUCACUAGCGAGACACUCUCAGAUGUCAAGGAGAAUAGUGCUCAGCUGGUGUAUAUAAUAUUAGGAGUGUGGACAUGGAGCAUGCUACAGUUUCCAUUACAUCUGGCAGUGGUGACCUCAAGACCAGAGGAGUUUGGUGAGGGUCAGCGUGACUCUCUCCUAACAAGGCACAGCACAGACAUGUGGAACAUUGUGGAGAGUCUUUUCAUCCAGGAUGGACCCUUCCUCAUAGUCCGACUGAUAGUCAUCAUCUACUUUGAAGUGUUCCACCAAAUGCUGGUCUUCUUUGCUAUCAAGAACUUUCUGGUGGUGAUACUGAAUCUGUACCGUCUGUGUGUGAUAUGCCAGAAUAACAGGCGCUCCACAGCAAAUCCCAAGAGUGAUGACAUUCAGCCCUGAGGUACUGACUGUCAACACAAAUGCACUUCAAGGUUCAACAACUCCAAGACUCAAAUGUUAACCAUUUUUGUUCCAGCUAAGAACAAAGACAUUCAGUUUUGAGUCAAUCAUGGAUGUUACCUCACAGUAUGGAUUCAACAGAUACAUGGAGAAAUAACCACUUAAGAACUGAGUUGGUAUUCAUUUAUUUACACUGGUUUUCAGUUAUGAGAAGUUCAAGAAGCAACCAGAUUGAAAAUGAGAGUUCAUAAGUCAUAGGUAUGUCUACAGCCUACUAGUAGACAUUUGUAAUGAAUGUUAAAGGUGUUUAUUUGGUAGAAUCAAUUUCAAUUUUGUUGAAUGCAACAUCUCUCAGGGUGUUUGUAAAAUUAUGGUACAAGUGACAUGCAUUUCUAUACAGUAUGUGAAAAACCACAACAAAGUGUUUUUAGCUGUGUAUGAUUGGCUAUGUGCCAAUGUAGGCUUUGCAGGUGUGUCAGUACAUACAUUAAGAUGAGUCACCUGAAUCCACAUUUCUUUUUGCUUUUUUAAUUUUACUGUACAAAUGUGGCUUACACAUGCAAGAUGAGGCUCACUUACUGCUUAUUUUAUUUUUAACAGUCAAGCACACAAUGCAGUCAUUUACUGCAGCCAAUAAUUAUUUUAAAUUAAAAAAUGAUUAGCUUUUUCAUGUCCUCAAGCACAUUUGCCAAAAUGAAUGUUUUUUCUGUAAAUUAUUUGACAACUACCUUCUAUGAAAACUAUGAAAAAUACAUGCCAUGCAAAAUAUUGCAUUAGGAUAAGGGCAACAAAAAUAUUAAUGAAACCAUUGAUGCAAAAUUCAGGUAACCUGAAAGCUCACAAAGUUCUGCCUCCUCCAGACAAGAUGAAUGCCUCCUGUUAUACCUCCAGCAGAGAGUAGUAUGCAGUCACUCCAUUCAAUAAGCACCUCUGUAGCAGUUUUGAUCAAAAUGACUCUGCCCUGCAUCAUGACAACCCCCUUAGGUGUGUAAAGUAUUGAACAUGCUUUCAUCUCAGUCCAUGAGUCUUCAUAUGACAUCAAACAAUAUGGCUCUAACUAUUCUGUUACAUAAAUGUAUAUGGCAAUAAAUUGUGCACCAGAGAACCAUUUUGCUACAUUGUGGAAAGACAGGGAUGCCAAUAAUAUUGUUUAGCUAUCUCAAAUAAGCAAACCAAGUGGAGAUUUACACAUUACGGACAGACUGUUUCUGCCAUAUAAAG